CCUCUAGAUUUUCCUUAAUCCCCUCAAACGUGGAUUCAAGAGUUUAACAUAUAGUAUGGUACUAGUAGGGUAAACGACCCAUGUUUUGUUUUUGUUCUUUUCUUGGAGAUUUUCACUGGUGACGUACGAGCAGAGUUGAGUUCAAAGAAUGGGAGGGCUUGACACUUCGCUUUCUUGCUCUAGUCUCUUGUGUCCAGAAACCGUAUCUAGUUUUUCUGAAACAGAAAGAGACGAUGAUCAAAGUGUUUUUGAAGAUGAUGAGAGUGUUCUCUUCUAUAAGUCAUCUUUUGUUACAGAGGGUGAAGAUGAGUUUAUAGAGAAGUUGGUUCAAAGAGAAAUUGCUGUGGGAUUCAAAACUAAUGCAUCUUUCAGUGAUUAUGAAAGUGCCUGUGAAAGCUGGCAGGGAGGUGCUCGCUUGGAUGCUAUUGAAUGGAUUUUCAAUACAAGAGCAACCUUUCGGUUCGAAGUCCAUACAGCUUAUCUUUCUGUGACAUAUUAUGACCAGUUUCUUGCAAAGAAACCCAUUAAUGAUGGGUACAUAUGGUCUACUCGAUUGUUGUCCGUAGCAUGUUUUUUAUUGGCAGCAAAAUUUGAGGAGCGCAGAGUACCUCCUUCAUCAGAACUUCGCGUACGAAAUUUUCUUUUCCAGAAGGCAUUGAUCAAGAAAAUGGAGGUAUUGGUACUUGGAACCUUGCAGUGGAAGAUGGGUACUAUCACUCCUUUUGCUUAUUUGCCUUACUUCAUCAGUAAAUUCUAUGGUGAAUCUGGGCCUAAAGGAUUAGUCUCCAGAGCUCUGGAGCAUAUCAUGGCUAUGAUAAAAGAAAUGAGAUUGCUGGAUCAUCGACCAUCUUUCAUUGCUGCAGCUGCGGUGUUAGCUGCUUCUGACGUUCGAUUAACAAAAGAAGAAAUGGAGCUCAAGAUGAAUUUCAUUUCAUUCUGGGGAUCUCGAGAAACUGAGCAUAUAUUUUCCUGCUAUAACAUGAUGCAGGAAAUAGAGAUGAGAAAAUCUAGGACACCAGAGCAUGUUAUUUCCUCAGAAUAUUCUGCAAAUCAGGAUCCUGAGGAUCCUUCUGCUACCAGUAAUGGAGCUGGCGCUAAGAGAAAACUUACAUUCAAUGAUCCUGAUGGUGAAGGUAGCCCGGCAAAGAGAGUCCGUCGGCUUGAAUGAAUGGAGCUCGAUAUUCUUUUUAGUGAUAGGAUUUGGGUUUAUUGAUUGGAUUUUUUUGACAGGAAAAAAUUGAUUCUUGCAAUUGGAUUUGCUUAUAGGUCUAAUAAGUGUUUUCUGCCAUUUCAUUAUGAUUUGGUGUUGAUGAUUGGGGAUUCCAUUUUCCGAUGACAAGCAAAAGUUUUUUUCAGCCUGUGACAACCAAGAAGAUAGAGAAAAGUGAAAGUAAAUAAAUAAAAAGGGAUAGCUUUAGCCUACAGUAAGAAGUAAGAAGCUGACUGAAAGUCCAAAAGCCAUUAAGGAGGAAGAGAAAGCCAAAAGAGUUUCCAGAAGGCAACUGAAGACCGUUUGCUUAUAGUUUGUUCUUUUUUUCUGUAGUGUUUGCUUUGAAGAAUGCUACGGUUGCUCACCCAUAUAUUUUUUCAAUUUGUUUGUGUAUUUUUUUUCCUCCUUUGAUUUUUUUUUUUGA